AUGGCGCCGCCCACACGCUCCCCGCUGGCGCCGGCCCGCCUGCGGCUGCUGGCCGCGCUGCUGGUGGCGGCUGCAUCCAUGCUGCCGCUGGCAGAGGGCCACGGCUUCAUGUCUGAGCCCCAAGCCCGCAACUACCUCCACAACUGGCGCUACUGCCCCCACUGCGUCAACUUUGGCGGGCCGGGGCCCAGCUCCCAGGGUGGCGCCCUGGUGUGGCCUCAGUCCGCCAACCCUGUGUGCGGCGACACAGACCCACUCCUGGCAAACCCCGGGCAGCUGGUUGCCAGCUACUCUCCUGGCUCAGUGAUCGACCUGGGCGUCUUCUUCUCCACCCAGCACGGCGGCCGCCACGUGUUCCGCCUCUGCCCCGACCCCGCCAACGUCACCAAGCCCUGCCUGGAGGAGCACGUUCUGCAGCGCGCCGACGGCGGCGGCCCUUACUCCUGGACGCCAGUGCAGGGCGGCCCCGUGCCGUGGGGCGAGUAUGGGCGCACCACUCUGAAGAGCCUGCCCGGGGAGCUGUACACUUGGCAGUACAGGCUGCCGCCCGGCCUCACCUGCGAACGAUGCGUGCUGCAGGCGAUGGUGGUGGACGACAGCCAACAGCUGCCAGGUACCGGGCGCACCGGCCUACACGCGCAGCAGCAUUGCGACUGGGCGCCGUUCUUCGAGUGCAAGCGCGUUUGGCCCUCGGCGGACGCCGCCGCGGCUGGCGCCGCCAAGAAGCCGCCGCCCCGGCCGCGCCCGCCCAAGCCCCGGCCGCCCAAGCCCCGGCCGCCACGCCCCAAGCCGAGGCCGCCGCGACCGCGCCCAAAGCCCCCCAAGCCCAGGCCGCCGGCGCCGCGGAAACAGCCGCCACCUCCCCGCCCCAAGGCCUGA